AUUCGAUUUCUAGUAUUGCGUCUGUGGGACGGAAAAGGCGAAUUGAAAAGUUGACAGAAAUCGCAGAAAGCAACAAAAAACUGAAAGUUAAUGGAAAUUUAGCAUUCAGUGAAUUUGGCAAGGUUCCUACUAAAGUAUUUGAUGCGUUUGGACUGGAUCAGUAUGGACCUAGUAGAUUUAAACCACCAUCUGUAACACUGCCUGAUAGUGUGAUGGAUAAAAUCUUCGAGGAAUUAACGGCAAGUGUUCAACCGAAUUUUGUGGCGCGAGUGACUCUGUUGGGUUCGAUGAUUUCAGGGAAAGAGAGAAAGCGGGAGAGAUUUAUUGACGUGUUCUUGUUUCGAAUUGCUGAACAUGUGACGAAUGUCAAGAUUUUUUUUGAACAUGAGUUGAAUGGAAUUGAAGUUCCUGCAAACGGCAAUGUGGAAUAUGCGAUGAUGGUUGAGGGGAAAAUCAUACUUUUACUUGAAGCGAAGGCGGACGAUUUUGCCAUGGGAAGAGCCCAAAAUUAUGUGGAAUGCGAAGUCGGAUAUGAG